UGUUUUUGUUCUUCAUAUGUAAAGAAAUCUGUCAAAGCGUAAAUAUAAUGGAUGUAUGGUUUGAAUUUGAUAAAAUAAGGUAGCAUGGACAUUCAAACCAAAUAAUUGCUUCGCUAGUCCAUGCUUAAAAGAAGCUUUAUAGUUUAAGAACUAUGCUCAUUUUAUCCGAUUACAUGUAUCAUGUCGUCCAAGAGUGAGUUAAAGAAAUUAAGUGAAGAAAGUUUGACGCGGCAGCCUGAAGAAGUAUUUGAUAUCAUAUGCAAAUUAGGUGAAGGGAGCUAUGGCAGUGUAUACAAAGCUCUUCACAAGGAGUCUGGUCAAGUCUUGGCUAUCAAACAAGUACCUGUUGAUACGGAUCUUCAGGAAAUCAUCAAAGAAAUUUCAAUUAUGCAACAGUGUGACAGUCCAUAUGUGGUCAAAUAUUAUGGAAGUUACUUUAAAGGCACAGAUUUAUGGAUUGUUAUGGAAUAUUGCGGUGGUGGAUCUGUUUCGGAUAUAAUGCGCCUAAGGAAGAAAACACUCAUGGAAGAAGAAAUUGCAACUAUUCUAUGUGAUACUCUUAAAGGACUUGAAUAUUUGCAUUAUAGAAGAAAAAUACACAGGGAUAUUAAAGCUGGCAAUAUUUUGCUAAAUACGGAAGGUCAUGCGAAAUUAGCUGACUUUGGAGUUGCGGGACAGCUGACUGAUACAAUGGCUAAGCGAAAUACUGUGAUUGGUACUCCUUUUUGGAUGGCACCAGAAGUCAUUCAAGAAAUAGGUUAUGAUUGUGUUGCAGAUAUAUGGAGUCUUGGAAUAACAGCACUGGAAAUGGCAGAAGGAAAGCCCCCAUAUGGAGAUAUACAUCCUAUGAGGGCUAUAUUCAUGAUACCUACAAAGCCGCCACCAUCUUUUCGGGAUCCAGAUAGAUGGUCAUCUGAAUUUAUAGAUUUUGUGUCUAGGUGCCUAGUUAAAAAUCCAGAUGAGCGAGCUUCUGCUUCAGAACUGUUGCAGCAUGAAUAUAUCAGAAAUGCCAAACCUGUGACAAUCCUUCAGCAGAUGAUUGCAGAAGCUAGAGAAAUUCAAGAAAAUGAAACGUAUCGGAGAGACAGGAUAAAUAAUUUGGAAUUUGAUGAUGAUGAAGUCGACUCUAGAACUAUGGUUGAGUUCAUGGGAGACUCAGGCACAUUAGUGCCAAGCAAUAAUGAAUCUGGCACAAUGAUUGCUCAUAGUGAUAGUAAUACUCUAGUAGCAAAUAGUGAUAUUGAAUCAGAUCUAGGUACUCUUGUAAUCAAUAGUGAUGGAGAAGAUGAUGAUUCUACUAUGAAAAGGCAUGAUACAGCUCCUCCUGGUGAAAAGAAAGAAAAUUACCGUCCAUAUUUCUUGGAUCAUUUUGAUAAGAAAGAAAAGGAACAGCAGCACAGAAAUGAGCUUUGUCUAAAUAAUAUCUCCACACCUCUGCCUCAUACAGGAACACCCCAUCCAAAUCAUUUUCAACAAAAUGCUUUAAAAUCAAACUCGCAGAAUAAACUCUCACAAACACCUGAAAGGCGGUUUUCUAAUCAUUUGCAGCGACAACUCAGUCAGAUUAGUAGUGUUGGGCCCUCUGCUGUUUUACAUGAACCAGCCAAAUUUCAACGUUCUUUUACUGAAGGUGAUUUUGAUUUUCUAAAAUUCUUAAGUUAUGAUGAACUAAGUAAGCGCAUGGCAAGCUUAGACUCAGAAAUGGAGAGAGAAAUUGAAGAGCUAAGGCGCCGUUAUCAAGCCAAACGACAACCAAUUUUAGAUGCCAUAGAUGCCAAGAAAAAAAGGCAACAAAAUUUUUGAGUGCUAUAUUUUUUGAAAUUGCAAGACAAAAGAACCUUGCUUUUUAGUGUGGCAUGCUUGACUAAAUGGCUGUUAUCUAAAGCCUUUGCCUUGUGAUGGGAUUUGUGAUAUAUUAUAAAAACACGCCUGCCUGAAAAUCUUAUAUCAUUGAGAAAGCUGCUGGCAGGAAAUUGGAAAAUUUAUCAAAUGCCACAAUCAUAUAAAAUAAUCCUAUUAAAAGUUUAAAGAAACUUGGAAUUUAUUUGUUUAUGCUUUUGUAGGUUUUAACUUUGACAACUUUGACAAAUAAUGAUGCUGUGAAAAUUGUGUAACAUGUAAGGCAUAUGUAGUUAACUAAAAUAUGUACAUCCAAACCAAUGGUACAACAGUUGAAUGAGUUCAAAUAUGAACUCAAUAAAUACAAAUUGUAAGUUAAUGUCUGUUGCAAACUUGAAAGGUGGUGCUUGUCACUAGUCAGUUUUAAAAUGUUAUAUUGCAGUAGUUCCUACUGGAACCAAGUGCCAGGCAUGAUGAUAGAUUUAUUGUUCCUGAAAAGUUUUUACUAAAUUAUGUUUAUUAUAUCUUGAGUGAAAUUUCUAAUCAGUAAUGCCAAGAAUGGUCUUGCAUUAUGAGAAAAUAAAGAUUUUAUCUGGUGUGUUAUAGUUACUUUCUCCAUAUGUUAUUCUAUGCUUCAGAUUAUAAGUUUUUGUUUCAUUGUCAUAAAUAUUCAAACCUAAAAAAAAUUUAAAAAAUAAACUUUAUAAAUGUAAUUCAGUGAUGUCUGUGCAGUAAUUUAUUGCUUUAUAUUUUCGUAAAUCUCUCUUUUGCCAGUUAAGCUUCCUUCUUUUCCUAAAAUCAUGUGGAACUAUUUUAUUGUGUAUCUUACAAUUGCUUACAUUAGUGAUGGAAUGGUUAUUUUUGUUAUUUCUUUCAUUUUGAGUAAAUAAAAUCAACAACUAUGCCGUAAAAUGAUGAAAAGUAGUGUGAAAUAUUUUCUGUUUUCAUCAUAAUCAGUUAUGUUAAAAUCAGUGUAGUAAAUUUCAAAAUAUAUGUGUUUGUAGCUAUGAAAACAUAGAGAUUUUAGAUUUUUUAAUAUUUUUAAAUACUUAGCUUCGUGAAUUUUUGUCCCAACAAAUGCAUUGCUUUGAUCAAGAUAAAGGGGCUUAGAUUGAGGAAAUGAAACAAGUGGUUUAAUCAGUUUUGUUUAUGAAGCUUAAAAUUCAUUGGUGUUUAAUAAUAUGACUGGUUAAUGAGUUCAAAAGUAAUGUAUUUAAAAAAUUAUUUCUGUAUAUUGUUUAUUGCAUAAAUACUUCCUUAUAUUUACUGUAUGAAUGUUUUUCAUAUCAAAUUUACUGAGGUCAGGAAAUCAUCUAUUUUGUGAGAAGAAAAUUGGGUGUUUUAACGUUUUUUUCUGUAGCCUGCAAUCGGAAAAGCUUUGUAAAAACAGUCAAAAUAUCUAGUUUUCAUAUUUACAAAACACUGUCUUGGUAUUCCUAAAAUGUAAUGUAUGUGAAUCAGUUUCUUUUAUAUUUACUUUUUUCAGUUAUCUGCUGUUUCAGCAAGAAAUGUAAAGGUUUUUUUUUUAAACUUUGAUAGAUUUAAUCUUAAAAAAAUAUUUCAAGAUAAUUAUUAGUGGCAAACAUUUUCAACAGUAAAUAUUAAUGUGCCAAGCUCUUGGUAUUCUGCUUGUCCAUACAAUAUUCAUAUAUGUUUGCAAUAAUUUUGAAAAUUCAUAAAUAUUAAUUGCAUGAUAUAUAUGCAUGUUGUUAUCCCAAACAAGAGAAGAAAUGAGACCUUAGUUGCCAUUUAUCUUGUUAUAUAUUUGUACCUGUCUAGUAUCUUUGAAGAAAAUUAUUGAAUCAAUACUGGCUAGAAGAAAUUUAUCUGUUCUAUUUCAAAUUAAGAGCUUCAGUUUUUAGAUGCUUUGGGGUUCCUGACACUGUCUGAAGUCUUGAGUUCUUGACACUUGUUAUGGACAAAUUUGAUAAACAGAAAAUAGCAGUAGAAAAAAAUUGUUAGCAAAAGUCUCAGUUUUUUGGGUCAAGUGUAUUUGGCUAGAGAGGAAAAAACUCUGCUAAAACAUAUUUGUAGAAUAUGUGUUAGUGGGAUUUUUUUUUUAUUAUUAUUAUUAUUAUUAUUUAUUUUUAUUUUGGAAUAUUUUUAGGCAUUUCAUCCUUUUCCUGCUUUUUAAAAUCAAAGAUCCAGAUCUGUACGAUUUGUAGAAUUUAAAAAAAAUUCUGUAGUAUUCAAGUUGUUUAAAAAUAUGGGAUCAGCUCUCAUUAAAAGUAAGAAUUAUUUAUUUUUCAUGUUAUUUUGUACAGUAGCAUAUGUAAAUAAUGCCUCAAGUCACAGUUUUAUGCCAAAGUUCUCAUUAUUUUGUAAUAUUCAUUUUAAAAAAUGCUGUACAGUUUUUCAGUAUAAUAAUCUUAGAAAAUAUGUUUUCUGUUGCAUUAAUGUAAGAGAGCACCUCCAUUUGGGCUGGUCUUGAAAAUGGCUUCCUGAAAUAGGAUUUAUUUUUGUUCAUUUUAUGUGUUCAUUGCUGUUUUACUUACUAUAAAAUGCAAUAUGUGAUUUGAUUGUGCAUUUCAUAUUGUUAUGAAGUCCACUGUAUAAUUUUUACCUCAAUUUCAUUAUAUUUUUGAUUUUAUGAAGUUGCUUAUUAACGUUGGAGUAACCACAAAAUAUGUGGGUGGCAAGUCCAGGCAUUUGCUGUCUUCGCAGCUACUGCCACAUAUUAGUAAGGAUGGGAAGAGGGGUGCUUCAAUAUGAAGUUGGUCAGAAAUGACUUUGAGGGUUGAACUCAGGUCUCCUGCAAACCUAAUAUCAUACUGCCAGGCAAAAGUGUGCUUCAACUUGUCCUGCUGAUAUUUGGAUCUAUUUCCUGGAGUGGGCCCUGAAUGGUCAUCAAGACUGCCUCACAGUCAUAAGCUGUAUGUGAUAUGCUGCCUCCUUGCACACAACCAGCUGCAUCACAGUAACAUCAACUAGAUGCUAACACUCCAGUCCACAGUCCAAUGGUGGAACACAUGCCGACAGAUCGAAGUUUGCCAUUAGGUUAAAAUGUCCUGAAGUUGAGUGGGCUUGCUCAUUGUUUGUACUGCUAUAUAUAUGCUGUCUAUUAAAUGAAGGCACUGUAAGAAGGCUUUGUGGUAGGUUUGCUUGUCACACAGAAAAGACCACUUCAGAUCCUCGUAUUUGUAAAAGAACUCUUGUGCAGUCGCUUGGACAAUCAGAAUUGUCAUUCAGUGGAUCACAUGUUCUGUCUUCAACAUGAGCAGAAGAACAAGAUGACAUUGAUUUUCUCUUGUGCUAUCUGUCAUGAACAAGUGCAACCAACAUUGAUCAAUAAACAGUUGGUUUUGACUGCCAAAUAUAGAUGACACAUGAGACUGAGAUCUGGAUUUUAAUGGCAGCAAAACAACUUUCCUCCAGCUUCCAUAUGUGCAAAUAUUUCUUUUUAAUGAUUUUAUUAAAGUGAAUGUCUUGGAGGACUUCAUUUGUUGGGAAAGUAAGACGUAUUAACAAUGUAGAUUAUUUUUUUUUAAUUCAGUUUAGAAUACUCUGUGAACCCUAUAUAAACAUGCAUUUUGUUUUCUUUUAGAAAUUCAUGUAAAUUAUUGUUUUAAGUUUGCAAUGAAGAUUGUUUUAUAAGCGGAGCCCUAAAUAUACAAAUAAUUGAGACAGUAGAACGUUGUUUUAUUCUGUAUUCUUUUCCUAGCUGUGAACAUGAUGAUGACAUAGUUGUUUUCAAGAACUUUUGUGUUAUAUUCAUUUAAAUAUAAACUAGUUUUCCGUGAUAAAAAGUCCUACCCAAAGAGCAGUCUCCAGCAAAUAGCUUUUAAGAUCAUUGUCGUUAUUUUUUAAAAUUUUCCAAGCAGCGUAAGCUUUAUCUUAAAGUUUGUUUUUGUUUUUGUUUUUUUGUUUAGGUUUAUUAGAAUAUUUUUAAUUAGGUAAACUGAAAGUAUAAUAGAAGUAUCUUGCAAGAAUAAAAGUAUCUUGCAUAAGUGCUUUAUUAAAAAGUAAUGAAACUUUAAAUUCUGUUUUGUUUUAUUCUUCAUAAUUCAUUAUAUAAUUUUUCUCUUGUUUGUUUACCUAAAGUUUAACAUGUCUUCUGUUUCUGAUAUUGCUUUUCGUGGUUUUUUUCUCCUAUAUCUGUACCUUUGGGAAUUUCAAUGUAAGAAAGUUUUUAAAUUAUAUUUAUUGCAUCUCUGUUAUGCGAGCAUUGUGUUAAGGUAUGAAACUUUUGUCAUUUAAAGUGAUUUACAAGAAUACACUUAUCGUUUUGAUUUCUUUUAAGUAUAUAAUAUGAAGUAAAGAUUCUGAAUAUUCUGCCUAUAAUGCCUGCCUAGUCAAAUAGUUAUCAACUAGAAAAAAUUUAAACUGUAAUACUUUGUAAAUAUUUUGCAGAAAUGUUAUUUUAAUUAUAUACAUGUUUAUUUCACAGAUUUAGUUAUGUUUAAUUAAACAAGUAUUUUUAUAAAUUUGUGCUGACUUUUGCACACUUUUUUUAUUUGAUCAAUUAAAGCAUUUCUCUGAUCUUUCAAAGAUCUUAUACAUAGAAUCUUCUGCCUUUCAUAUGUAUGAAAGAAUUUUUUUGAGUAUGGCUUGUUGCAUAAAUUAUUCCAUCAAGUUUUUUAAAACCCAUGUAAUUCUGCUUAAUAUCUCGUCGCUAUUAUCUUCAUAAUAAUGUUUUAUAUUCAAAAUUUAGUUAUUUUAUUUGCUAAAAUAUGUAGAAAAAUUGAAAAAAAUCUUAUUAACAGGAGAGGGGUUUUAAAAAAUGAAGUUUACUUAAUUGUAGUUCUUCCAUGAAUCUAUCAAUGCAAAAUUUCCUGUUUGAUUUAAAAGCUGUAAUCUGUAUUCACUGCAGGUCAUUUUAAGCUGGAAAUCUGCAAUGUGGUAAUAGAAGGGAUAUAUAUAUAUAUCAUUUCUGUAAAGUUCAUAUAUUAUACAUUUUCUGUGAAGUGGCUUAUUGUACUGUGCUUAGUUUUAUAAAUGCUGUGCUUUGAUCUCCCUGCUCAUUAUUGAGCAUUGUAUUAGUAGUCUGAUGUCAUGUGAGUUUGUAAAUGCAGCCAUACUUCUGAAAAAAUUUGCAUGGGAUUGCAGUUGCCUUUGUUAAACCACACAUAGAUAUCCGCAGUAAAUAACCAUAGUGUGCUUUUGACCUUAUUAAAUAAUCCAAUCCCUGAUUAGUAUUCUUUCAUAUUCUUGUUGGUCAUAUCCUAAUAUAUAGUGUCUCCCACACCUGUUCCUAGGAAGGCUAUAGAAUGUUUGUAAGCAUUUAAAACUGAAUUAAAAUCAUUCAAGAUCGAAUACCUAAAUCAUAAAAUAUCUAGUCAUUCUGUUGCAAUGAAUUAAAAGAAAGCCACCUAGCACUAAUGUUUUGCAAAAAAAUGCAUGUUUAACCAUUCCUUCCUUACCCUCAGAAAAAUUAAAACUGAAAAUACAUUUCUUUUUGUUCCAUGAAGGGAUUGCUAGCAGACAAUUUCAUAAGAAAAUACUUCACAAAGAGGGACCAACAUUUGCUGUGUAAUUUAUAAGGGCUGUGAAGUAUAAGCAGUAGCAUAAUAACAAUCCAAAUCUGAUGACAUAGUUUUUUUUAAUUGUUCAGUGUUUGCAUUUUUUCAUUGAAUCAGUCUUGGAGGAUUCUAAAUACUUAUACAGCUUUCCAAAAUAAAAGGGGAGAUUUCUGAUGCUUAAAAAAAAAAUUAAGCAUGCAGUAAGGUAUUUAUUAUUAAGAUCAUUUGCAUAGUAGUAAUAGAAGAAAAGUAUUCACUAUUAAAAUGGAUGCCUUUAAUUAAUUGUAUACGAGACCAGAGAUUUCACAUUUAACAUAUAAGUCAUCUGGCACAAAAUUCAGAGUGAUAGGUUGUUUAUUAAUUAUCACAGUUAAGUUUAUCAAAAUAUUCAUGCCAUUCAAUUGAAAGCUUGGUUCUUAGAACUGUGUAAUCUGUUUAAUUUUUUGUGGUUUAUUUUGAAAUGUUCGCAUUAUGUAAUCCCCCUUUUUUUCCUUCAGUUUUUAGUUUUUUCACACUAUUACUUUCCUUAUCAAAAGGUCUUGAUAUGUUGCAAAAAUAUUCUCAUUUGUUUUUCUAUUAACUUGCUCUCUUUUUUCUUUCACCUGUUAGUAAAACUUUUCAGUGGACAAUACAAAAUAAUUGUGUAGUUAUUGAAGAUGGAAGUUGUAAUGAAAAUUUUGAGCAAGUUAAUUUUAUUGUUUCCAUUUCAUUGCUGAAGGCUUACUUUAAUGAAAUCUUGUUUCGGUGAUAUAACUAGCCUGCAGCAUUUGAAUUUUCAUAGCUUUCUCCAAGUGUAAUGUGUAUAAUUAAUUAUUUCCUUAGGAAUCUUUCACUUAGAUGUCUGUUUAGGCAGAUUAUGAUCAGGUGUAUUGUUAUAACAAAUAAUCUGAUUUUAACCCAGUUUUGAUAGUUUCCCCUUCUUAAAAAUUUAGAAAACUAUGUGUCCUUUUGUAUCAAUUCAUUAUGAAGUAAAAGAACUGAGAGAUGUACUAAAAUUCAUUUAAUGUAAGAUCUUUACAUUAAAACUUCACUUCUCAAGCUGUAAUUUGAAAAUACUAAUAUAAAUAAAAAUUUCGUAUGUGAAUACUCAAAUUUUUGGUACACUGAACAACCAGAAAGUUUUCGUCCCCCCUCUCCUUUACUAGAAACAGAGAAUAAACCAUUACCAACCAGUUGCAACUGGUUUUGCAUCUUUAAUAUAAGCUUAGAUUCAAAAUGUCUGGUACUUAGAAGCAGUUAUAGACAUUCAUGUAGAUUAAUUUCUGCAUUUACUGUCUCCUAAUGAAUGAAAUGUUUCUGAAAGUAUAAACAUAUCCACUCUAGCAUUUCAUAAAAUAAUCUAUUUCACAAUCUUUUCAUAUCCAUAUUUCUAAGAGCCAUAUAUAUUCUGGAGUCAAUUAUAUUUUUAUUGGCAUAAUGUUUAACAAAGGUCAUCAUUCUCAUUACUUUUAGUAAGUGUUGAAAUUUGAAUCUUUGUUUGGUGGUAAUUUAAAUGGAAAUGUUAAGGGGAAAUUUUAGACAAGCAAUGGCUUUUGCUUUCCUCACAUGUAAAAAAUUUUACCAGCUGAAUAAUUUACUCCAGAAGGAAUAAAUCCAAAUUUAAGAGACGAGCAAUGUCUUUUGUGUUGUUCAUAUGUAAAAAAUUCUACCACUGAAUAAUUUACUCCAGAGGGAAUUCUUUUGUUGAAAUGCUUUGAUGAUUUUUGUCUAAAUUAACCCUAAUCAUUGGUCAAAUUCUCACGAACUGUUUAAGCUUCUAUUGACAUGCACCCUUACUCUUCGAAAUACUUUACAUGUUUGUAUCUUAUGGAUUUUUUUGCUGAUCCCCUAGCCAUUUUAAUUGCAUUAAUUAUUCCCACUUUACCUCUUUUUAAAUUGGAACAGAUUUUAAACCAUUAUUAUCAAGUGAUAUAUUAUUUCAAGCAUAGCGAUGGCUUGAAAUUAAAGACAGGAAAUUCUUUACUAUGUGUGCCCUUUUAUCAGCUUGUGUAAGAAGCUCCUUUUUAAUAGUAAAUUUAUUUACAAAACAAACUUUAUUACUGUGCUUUUGUUUGAAAAUGGCAUCUGGAAUUCUUGUGUGAAAUUAUAUAAAUCCUACAUUAACUGCCAACUGUAAAAUUUCUUAACUUCCGUAUCAUAUACUAUUUUUACUAACAUUGCUGGGGAAAAAAAAGAUUUUUCCUCUUGAUUUCUAAGUUAAACGGUAGGUGACAUUAUUACAGUUAUAAUAUUCAGGGUGAAGUUAACUUGGGAAACAUAAAGUGUUGUGCAUUCAUCAAAUGAUAUAUUUGAUAAAUAUAAUUUAGCAGAAAAGUAAUACCAGUAUUGUGUUUUUUAUUUCUUUUAUGCAACUGUUUAGCUGCUUACUUCUGGAAAAAAUUUAAUGGUGAUCAUUCAUUUUUCCAAGUACAGAGCAGUAAGUAAAGUGGAUUGGAAAUUUUGCAUAGUACUGAAUGAACAUCCAAAUAGUGGGGCAUCAAUUUCUAGAGUGUUAAAUACCAAGAAAUUCAUAAAGAGAAAACUAAAUCUUAUUCAGCUUUCCUCUGGAGUUCUCUGGUUUUGCCAUGGAGAAGGCAUAGUUGGUUUUGAAAUGCUGUUUAGAUGUACUAUGUGAUUUCAGUUAUCUCUGUCUUAAAUUUAUUUACCUGUUUUGUGCAGCAGAAACAAUUUAAACAACAGGAUUUCAUUUUCUCGUGUAUAAUACAGCUUGUAUUUUUCUCUUGUAUGAACAAUUUGUAUUUCUUUAAAAAUUUUAAUUUCAAUUCAAAUUUUAAUUAAUGCAUAUCAUUUUUAUGUGCAUAAGAUGAAUCGGAUAAAAAUAGCUUUGUUUAUUCUUUUCAAGGUUUGAAUUUUAACACAGAAAUUCAUUAAAUAUAUUUUUUUUUAACAUUAUUUACGAUUUUUCAUACUCUUUUGCUUUGUUGUAAGCAAACUAUAUGCAGGUACCCAGAAAUCAAGCAUUUUAGAUUAUUGUUUUCAGAAUUCUUUUUAUAGGCGUCAAAAAUUAAAUUGCUCUAAUUUGUGUAUGUGAGGAAAUAAAUUUUUUAUGUUAAACAUUUGCAAUCAUUUCAUAAGCUCAUUUUCCUUACCUUGUAUUUUAUCAGUUUUACAAGGUGUGCCUUGAGUAACUGUGUCCAGUGCCAGAAGUAUAUAUAUUUUGUGAAAUAUAGUAAACUUAACUAAAGUCACCAGUAUAGUGAGUGAAUAGUUUAGAAAUUUAUGCAAGUACCAAAUUAUUUUAUUAUUUGGUGCUUGAAAUGUACUUUUUUAUGGGAACUACUGAAUUGGACCAUUCAUCAAUUUAAUACCUUUUUUAAUACAGGAAUAAUUGCUUAAAAUUUUUUUAAUGUUGAAAUUAUUUUUAGUUGAUACACAAGGAUAAUAAUAGUUAGAUUUUUUUAAGGAUUACUUUUUAUUAUAUAAUUCUUUAUUUGAGUAUUUCAUUGCUGCUUUCAUGAAAAACUGUUUAUUUCAUAUUUUUAACAAAACAUUUUGAAACAUAUACGUAACCAUGGUAGUUUAUCUACUCAUAAUACUUUAGAAUUUAGGAUAAAUCUUAGCAAGCAGGUCUUUGUUGACAUGUAUUAAAAAAUUUUUACUUGUUAUUUCUGAAUGUAACUUGGUAAUUAAUUGUUGAAUAAUGCACUUUUGAUAUAUAUUAAAUGAAUGAUUGUAUUAUAAUUGGCUAUGUAUUGUGUGGGAAAAAAUACUGAAAUAUUUGAUUGAAUUGAAAUACAGUUAUUUUAAAUGCUGCA